GCACGACAACACAUCCAAGGCAGCACGGUGACAGGAGCUAAGAUUCCUUCCCUCGCGCUGUGAAAUAGCUGUGGAUAACAUCGAACACAAACUCUAGAGCCACUGGUUUUGAAAAUGGCCCAGACUUUCGCCGAGGACCAGUACGGUAAAAAGAUCGACCGAUGCCUCACCGACACCCUGCUGAAGUUCGGCGGUGGACUAGCGAUCGGGAGCGUGCUCUCCUUGCUGUUCUUCAAACGUCGCUCCUGGCCAAUCAUCAUGGGUUCCGGCUUUGGCAUCGGCGUCGCCUACAACAACUGUGAGCGUUCGCUGAACGCGUCGAAGUAGAGAAUAAUGUAUUUAGCCCAAUGCAAAAUGCGUCCGAGAUGUUCUAGGUGUUUAAUGAACCAAUAAACCCCGAGGAUGUUUGCGACCGCAAACCUCGUCGAAGGUCAAUCGA